AUGUCUCAAGUUCAGGGAGGACAACAUAUCAGUGACACUGGACAGUCUGGAGUAAUCAUGCAUGGCCCAUCGAGCUGCACUGCAAGAAUGCUGAUUCCCAGUUCUAAAGGUUGUCCAUUAUUAACUCCCUCACAUAGUUGCAGUUGGAAAAUAAUUGUUGGUGGACGAAGUAGAUUUGGCGAAUUCAACACUGUUGGAAGCAUAAUACAACUGUGGAAAGUCUCAUCAACUGCUAGUGUCUUUAUGUACUGCCAGUCAGAUGGCACAUAUAAUACACCAUCGGACUGUGUGACUGUUAGUAAAGUCGGAUGCGUCGCACCUUCGAAACCUUUGCAGACUUACUUGCACUUUAGUCCGGGUGAUCCCUGGUUUUCUGUUGGAAGGGCCGUGAGAUAUUUCUGUGAUAACCCUGGUUAUGAGUUGAAAGGAAAUACCACGAGAACUUGUAUAACAUCAAAUAUUUGGAGUGGCCAAUUACCGACUUGUAAGUUAAAAACUGAAGGCUGCCAAUAUCCUGGCAGUUUCGAUAAUGGAUAUUAUACAGAUUCAACCGAGCAAAUCUACAACUAUGGAGUAAAUCCUAUUAAUGAAGUUAUCGUAGCGUAUUGUCAUAAAACCUUUUCAUUACACAAUCAACCUGCAGAAAGUACAUGUCAGAGUGGUGGUGUAUGGAGUGGAGGAAAUCCGCAUUGUGUUUUAGUAACAUGUGGUCCUCUUAAUCCGCCUUCAAAUGCAUUUUACUUAUUUAUGAACGGGAGUCAAUAUUCAUAUGGAAAAUUGCCUUUCGGAACAAAUAUCUAUCUUAAAUGUGGAGAAAUGUUUCAUUCAGUUGGAAACAUCUACAGCCUGUGUCAGUCGGACGGAACAUGGUCAAAUCGUAAUCAUUCGUGCAUGCAUGUUACUUGCAAGGAACCAAACCUUGUAACCAAUGGUGGCUAUUUUACAAGUAAUAACAGUAGAUACACAGGCUGGAAUGUCAAUGUUAAUACACACAUUUACGGAUUUUGUGAAGUAGGAUACUUCUCGCCUCAUAACCUUUCACGCACGUGUACAGCUAAUGGAAGUUGGUCUGGUGUAGCGCCGAGUUGUUCUCGAAUCACAUGUAGACCACCAUCAGCGUAUAAUAAUGGCGGGUAUUAUUUGAAUUUCGGAAACUUUUCAAAGUUUUCAGUAUUUCAGUUAAAUGCCAGCAUUUUUGUAGAGUGCCAUACUGGUUUUACUAUCACAACAAGUGCGCACAGACAAUGUAUACUUAUUGACAACUCUGGAAAAUGGAGUGGAGAAGAUCCUGUUUGUUCUACGGUUACACGUAAGUUACCAAUUAAUAUGUGA